AUGGAGAAUAAAACGAGCGAGAGUGGUUCAAGAAAAUAUUCAAUUCCCGAAGAGAUUAUGUGUGAUAUAUUUUCUAGGCUUCCUGUUGAUUCUUUAAUGCGUUUUAAGUGUCUUUCUAAAUUUUAUAAUUCACUUAUAUCUGAUCCAUCUUUUAUAGAUAUUCAUGAAAGUCACUCUAUAUUUCGUCCUCAUAAGAUAAAAAUACUUGCACGUUCAAAAGAUGAAAAUAUCUUUUACACCGUAGAACAACAAGCGGAACAUAAAAAACCCAUUGUUAUUGAGGAGUUUGAUGGUACUAUAUGCCAUAAUUUUCACUAUGUUAAUGGUUUAUUUUGCUUAUGGAGUACAAAAGAGCUUCCCCCUGCUAUUUAUAAUCCUAUUACAGGAAUAGCAGAAUAUCUUCCUUCACCAAGUUUCAUCAAUGAUGACCUUACUCAUAAUUACUAUUCAUUUGGUUUUGAACCAAAUGAAAAAAAGUUCAAAAUUUUGAUGAGCAGUGACCCUCAAAUUAACGGCUCAAGGCAUUGGGUUUUAACUCUUGGCUCAAGCGAAUCAUGGAGAGAGAUUAAAAGUGCACCUUGUUCGUUACUUCAAUUAACAGGUGGAGAAAUUUGCAUCAAAGGAGUUAUCUAUUUUGUAGGGAUUCACAAUAAAAGACGAUGCAUAGUGGCAUUUAACAUUAGGAUGGAGAAUUUUAGAAUUAUUUCAUUGUGGGAUGUAUUUGAUUUUUUUAUGCCAAGAAAAUUUUAUCAUGACUUAGUAGAAGUAGAAGGAAAAUUAGCAAUCAUUGAUCGUUCAAGGUGUAAUAUGGGAGAGAUGGAUUUGAUGGUUUUACAGAGUUGUGAAACUGAAGAAUGGGUGAAGCAUAUCAUUAUAUUUUCCGAUGCACUUUGUUCUAGCUUGAAGACUCUGGAUUUCUUUUGUAGCAGUACACCUGAUGGUGAGAUUGUGUGUAUCUUUGACCGGCGAAAUUUGAUUAUCUUUUAUGAUUUGAAGGAGAAGAGUUGGAGGGAAAUUAAAAUCAAGGAGCUUGCAGACAAAUUGGAGAUCGUUGGUAUCUAUAGUCAGGCAAAUAAUCUUUUACCGUGUAUUUAUUGUUAG